AUUCCUCGGCUCCCUCCAUGGUGACCGCAGCCCGGAGGCCGCGUUAGGACCGCAUCCCGGCGGCUCGAUGGCAUCCCCCAGGACCGUCACCAUCGUCGCCCUUUCGGUGGCCCUGGGGCUCUUUUUUGUCUUCAUGGGGACCAUCAAGCUGACCCCGCGGCUCAGCAGGGAUGCCUACAACGAGAUGGUGAGGCCGGCGGAGGGGCGGCCGCGCGGCUCUCGGAAACGAGCCUACAAAAGCUACGUGCGGGCCCUCCCCAUGCUGAAGAAGAUGGGGGUCAGCUCCAUCCUUCUCCGCAAGAGCAUCGGAGCCCUGGAAGUGGCAUGUGGCAUUGUCAUGACACUGGUUCCCGGCCGCCCCAAAGACGUGGCCAACUUUCUGCUCCUCCUCCUCGUGCUGGCCGUGCUCUUCUUCCACCAGCUGGUGGGGGACCCGCUCAAGCGUUACGCCCACGCUCUGGUCUUUGGGAUCCUGCUCACCUGCCGCCUGCUGAUUGCCCGCCAGCCCGAGGAGCAGCCACCAGAAAAGAGGAUGCUGUCUGUGAAUGGGGAUGAGCAGCCGCUCCUCCACGAGGCGGCUCCCGAGAAAGGCAAAGUGAAGGUAUCUUAGUGGAGCGAGUGUGAGGAAUACGGACCCUCGAGGCAGCUCUCUCCAAAAGCACCCAGAAAAAAACGGUUUUGGUUUUGGUUUGGUUUUGUUUUGUUGGUUUUUUUUAAUUUACCUAUUUAUAUUUUUCAGCUGUCUAAAUAAAGUUUCACUUGGGGUCUGAGAGA